CCAAAACUCAAAUGAAACAUGAAAAAUCCAAAUUCCAAACCAAACAAAGAAAAAGGGAAAGCGAUCAUAUGAAUAAUUUUGAAUUAAUCAACCUUAUCAACAAUGGAGUUAAAUUUCAACCUUAAAAACUCAAAAUGGAUAUCAACAGUAGCAAGCAUAUGGAUUCAAUGCACAAGUGGAUCACUCUACACUUUCUCAAUCUACUCACAAACUCUAAAGUCAACGCAACACUAUGAUCAGUCAACACUCGACAUUGUUUCUGUUUCCAAAGACAUUGGAGUUAACGUUGGUGUUCUGUCUGGUCUCUUAUAUGAUUUCCUUGCCACUAGAACUUCAAUUGGGCCAUGGAUUGUUCAUUUUUUGGGCUCGGCCCAAUGUUUCUUGGGCUAUUUUCUUAUUUGGGCUGCUGUUUCCGGUCUUCUUCCUCCGGUGCCGGUGCCGAUCAUGUGCCUGUUUAUGUUUGUGACGGCUCAUGGUCAGAGUUUCUUUAACACUUCUAAUGUUGUUACUGGUGUUCAUAAUUUCCCUAAUUAUAGUGGAACCAUCAUUGGCAUCUUAAAGGGAUUUCUAGGUCUAAGUGGAGCGAUAUUAAUUCAAGUGUAUCGAACAAUAUUCAACAACAACCCUGUGUCAUAUCUGCUGAUGCUAUCACUCUUACCACCUAUCAACACUUCGAUCCUUAUGUGGUUUGUAAGAAUCCACAACACUCAUGAUUCAGUGUCGGAAGAAAAGAAGUAUCUCAACAAAUUUUCUCUGAUGGCUCUAGUUAUUGCUGCAUAUCUUAUGAUUAUUAUAAUCCUAGAGAACAUCUUCACUCUACAAUUGUCGAUCCGCAUAUUUACAUUCAUUCUGCUUAUGAUGCUGUUAGCCUCGCUUCUUUGCAUUGCAUUUAAAGCACACGAAAAGUGCGCUUCUAAUAGCGCUUCAGAAAGUUUUCUUACUGAAGGGUCCAACCUAAUUGCAAGAGAAGAUUCUUCCAGAAAUCAACGGACUAUGCGACAAGGAGAGAAUCUGAAUCUUUUCAAAGCAGCGAAAACGUUGAACUUUUGGAUUUUGUUUGUUUCUAUGGCAUGUGGAAUGGGAUCAGGACUCGCAACGGUUAAUAAUAUGAGCCAAAUAGGAGAAUCACUUGGUUAUUCCACCAUUGAGACAGGCUCGUUAGUAGCUUUGUAUAGCAUUUGGAAUUUUCUUGGCCGUUUUGGAGCUGGUUAUGUAUCGGAUUAUUUUUUACACACAAGACGAUGGGCAAGACCUUUAUUUAUGGUGAUCACAUUGAUGAUCAUGAGCAUUGGUCAUGUCGUUAUUGCUUAUGGACUUCCGGGCGCUCUAUAUGUCGGUUCAAUAUUGGUUGGUAUUUGUUACGGCUCUCAGUGGUCGUUAAUGCCUACAAUCACUUCUGAGAUAUUUGGUGUAGAACAUAUGGGAAGCAUAUUCAACACCAUUUCCGUAGCAAGUCCGGUGGGUUCGUAUAUAUUCUCUGUAAGAGUAGUUGGUUAUAUGUAUGAUAAAGAAGCACCGGAAGAAGGAAAUAUAUGUGUUGGGACUCAUUGUUUUAUGUUUCCUUUUCUCAUUAUGGCAUCUGCUACUUUUCUUGGUUCUCUAACAGCUUUGUGUUUGUUUUUGCGGACUAGACGCUUUUAUGAUCAGGUUGUUCUAGGAAGAAUUCAAAAUGUUCUUUGAUGGAACUUGUUUGGGUUCAACGACUUAUCGGUAAUGUAUGUGAUUCUUUCACUUUUUGUGUGUGUGUGGGCAUGUGUACUUGUGUAACUCACUCUACGAAGCACAAACACCAGACAUCAUACUGGCAUGUCGACAUUGUAAUAAUAUGAGAAAAUGGAACAAUUUGUAUGUAACAAUGUGUCUCGGUGUUGGACACCUGACACAUCUUUAA